UUUGUUUCUGGAUGUUCAUAUCUGUCGGCAGGUGAUUUCAGGGCUGAAACGAUGCGAUCGGAUUUUAAUGACGCUUUUUUUUUAACGAGGAUAUAAUAGGGGUGUAGGAACAUUUUUUGUUAGCUCUUUUCGCGCUGGAAUAAAGGCGGGUGCAAGCUCGCGAUAAAUCCGAAAGCUCUUGAGAACGAAGGUGCCAGAAGCACUACACUGCAGUGUAUGCCAUCCCUCACACUUGUUCGGAGAAACUUUUACAGCGAGCGAAAAUCAUUUUUUAGGUAAAAAAAGCUUACAUCCAAGACGCGGCGCCCACCGCUCCAAGUCUCAAGCGCGAAGGCGCACAGCCCGCGUUUAUCGACCAAAUACACACAGCGAGUUUCGCUGCGCCGGCUGUCUCCCUCGAAGCGCGACUGCAAGUAUACUAUGUUCUCAGAGCUCGCGACGCGAUGACGUCGAAAAGGAGCCAAGCAAAGUCGAAACCGCAGAGUCGAAGGGCCAGCUGUACCAGUACCGCCAGCAGCGGUAACAGCAGUACUGGCCGUCACCGACGCUCCGACGUGCUGGGACUACGUUCGCCGAUUUUGGGCAAGAACUUCAAGAUUCCGGAUCUGUACAGCGAACUGACCGACAUCGAGCUUGAUGAUACGCUGCCCUAUGUCCCGAUCUAUUGUCAUUUCAUCGUGCCCGAGAUACAACCUAUUAUUAGACCGAAAACACCGCCUAUACUCACGGCGCUUAGAGCAGAAUUAGAAGAGAUGCAGCUGACCAAUAAAUCACCGAAAAGCAAACCAGAGCCGAGAUCCAGAAACGCUCACAAUCACAAUCCCCGUCAUCAGUCUAAUAAAAAUCACUAAAACAAUUUUUCUAUCACCAUCACCCACAUCAAUGCAAAUAAAGACUCUUUCACUUGUCUAAUUAUUGUAAGCCCUUAACCUUACUUGUUGACAUUGUUGUAACACUGAGUGAAUUCAAGUUUGCGCCGGGCGUUCUCAGUUUUAAGGUUAGAAUGUUCAAAUUCAGCGUCGUUUCAAUAAAAUAGCCCCAAUCCAGAUAUCGCUUUCAGAUGCUUCACUUUUACGCUAAGUAUCGCUUUUUGAAGAAGAGAUAAAAAGCUAACUUGACAGCCACCCGCCACAUCUGCGGAGGAGGGGCGCCCGAGGACAGCUGAUGCUUCGGAAGAGAGAAGAUCAAGUCAAGCAAGCGCUAUGAUUCAGCCCUCGGUUGUGUUGUAUUUUGAUUCUUAAAUAAACCGUAAACGUUUCUCAAGUGUAAA